GGUCUCACUCUGGACGACUCCCAAACCUCUUGAAGGUGUACAUAAAUCAAACACAAUUCACAACUCGCCUUCCGUAGCUCUCAAGUCUCGCACUCGCUCUCGCACGCCACUUCUUCUUGUUAUUCCUUCUCACUCAUCUCUCUCUCUCUCUCUCUCUCUCUCUCUCUCUCUCUCUCUUUCUUCGGGCGAAAUUCUCAGCCAUGACUGACCCUGCAAAAGCUCAAGACGGGGAUCCCUUCCUCCUUAAUUACGACGCGGCUGAAGUCCGGAUCGCCGCCGAGUUUUUGUCCAAUUGGCUGCCUUUUCUAUCCCGGGGCCUCUGCAAAUCAUGCACCCAGACUCUCUCCGAUGGCAUCCGAUCCCUCCACACAGCACCACUUGCAAGCCCAACUGUGAAAAAGUCUUGGGCUGAUAUGGCUCUGGAGGAUGAUCUUGCAGCAGAAGAGAAUGAAGUGGGUAGUUUUAUCAACAUGAAUGAUUCUUCUGUGGAGCGAACAUCAGUUGAUGAACUUAAGCCGAAAGUGGCUUUGUCGAGAGACCAGAGAGAGUAUAUUCGAUUUAGUAGUGUUCAGAGGAAGAAGGAUUUCAUAUGUUUGGAAAGAGUUAAUGGAAAAUUUGUCAACAUACUGGAUGGGCUGGAGUUACAUAAAGGUGUCUUCAGUGCUGCAGAACAGAAGAGGAUUGUUAGUUAUGUCGAACAGCUCGAGGAGAUGGGAAGGAAUGGACAGCUGAAAGAGCGUACUUUCUCUGCACCUCAAAAAUGGAUGAGAGGAAAGGGACGUGUAACUCUGCAAUUUGGUUGCUGUUACAAUUAUGCCGUAGAUAAAAAUGGUAAUCCACCAGGCAUCCUCAAGAAUGAAACUGUUGAUCCUUUGCCUCAUCUGUUCAAGGUUAUGAUCAAAAGGCUUGUCAGGUGGCAUGUUCUGCCGCCAUCUUGUGUCCCUGACAGCUGUAUUGUGAACAUCUAUGAAGAGGGGGACUGUAUACCACCUCACAUCGAUAAUCAUGAUUUCGUUAGACCAUUUUCUACUGUUUCAUUUCUAAGUGAGUGCGAGAUUCUUUUCGGUUCAAACUUGAAAAUAGUAGGUGCUGGUGAGUUUGCUGGUUCUUAUGCAAUUCCCCUGCCUGUCGGAUCCGUUCUUGUUAUAAAUGGAAAUGGAGCUGAUGUGGCUAAACACUGCGUGCCAGCAGUCCCUGCGAAAAGGAUAUCAAUAACCUUUAGGAGAAUGGACGAAUCCAAACGACCAUCUGGAUAUGCCCCUGAACCUGAUCUGGAAGGGCUGCAGCCAUUGUUGGUUGAAGCGGACAGAUCGAGGAAGUAUUAUGCUUCAAGACCAAGACGUUCUUCAGGAAAGCCAGCUGUUGGAAGAGGGGAUAGGAUGGACCAUGGGAGAAGAUUGAUCGUAGAUAAUACAGAUGCCCGUUAUUCAGGCCGAAUCCGACAAGGUCAUGGAAAUCGGAGAAGGUUCCGUGCUAACUCAGAAAAUUGAUGUCAUAGAGAGAUGAGAUGGCUGUUACAUGUGUGGACUCCUGCCAAUUGUAGUGAAGAGUUGCUGUUCGGUGCAGAAUUGUGCUGAACCUAACUGGUUUUUCUCACCAGGUAUUAUCUAUCUUAUCAGUGCAGGAGUCGUCAAUCUGGAUAAUGCAGUAUGUGUGCUUGCGUAUGGGUAUAGCAACUGUUCUUUUGAUCCAUGUUUGUACUUUAAAAUUCCAAGUUGGUUUGAGGUUGGAAAACAUCGGGGUGGAGCUCAUGGGAAAGUGGUGUUUUUUGGUGCGGUUGCCAUGCUUCCAUGUCAAACAGACAGUUAAAUUAUUUCAUGUCCAUGGAACAGAUAAAGCCUUCGUCUGAUAUGACGUUCCAAGUUUUGGCAGCAGGCGCAAAUGAAUUGUUGAAUCUGAACCAAUCAAGCUUCAUAUUGAUGCUCAUUCUAAGCUCGCGGAAAAAGAUUACACCAAACCAGACUGGAUUAAGUUUGAGUUGGGUUUAGAAUUCUGAUGAGUCAAAAGAAAAAAAAAAGGUCCAAUUAUUCUUUUUUGGUUGGGUGUAGUCACAAAUUGUUCUCACUAUUCUUCAGUGAGGACUGACUUUUGUAUCAUGUUUCAGUUCAUGUGUUUCUGGCUUUCUGCUGGUAGUUUGAGAUAAAUUUGUGUCCCCGUAGAUGUGUUCAAGUUCAUAUCAAAUGAUGCAACUAUGGAAGUAAAAAAAUCUGCUACAUAAUUUCAGUUUUGUGAAGCAGUGGUGGAUCAUAUCGAUGCAAGAGUUAUUUUA